UUGUGCUGCUUUAAGGCUCGCACGAUAUCUACAGUAUCGCGGCCGGUUUUGCAAUCAUCGCAGGAUAUCUCGGAUAAUGAGUAUGAAGAGGAUGCGCCUACGCAUUUGGCUACCGAUGAGCCAUCUCUUAGUAAAGAGGAACAGGAACGAAUACGGGCCGAAAAAGAAGAGGAAGAGCAUAAAAAGAAUCUGCAAAUGUAUGUAUUCGUAGCGCGAUGUAUCGCAUACCAUUUCAAUGCAAAACAACCAACGGAUAUGGCUCGACGACAAGUGAAAGUCACUAAGCACGACUUGUCACGGAUUAAGGAUAGGUUUCAAGCCUUCCUCAAAGGGGAGACAAAUAUAGCCACCGAUGAAGCCUUUGCAAAAGCCAUGCAUAGUUAUUGUGAGGUUGGUAUGGACUGA